GGCGUCGGCGGCGAUGGGGUUUCCUUGCCGUCUUGUUGAAGUGAUGGUCCGAGGCUCGUUGGGAAGAGGAUGGAACGGUACCUGCCUCCCCAAGAAGGUCGGCCGAAGCCAAACGAGGCCCCAUUGGCCCUGAGGUGAUCAGUUCUGGAUUUUCCAUGCUGUUCUAUUCCUGGGAUGAUUUCAAUAACGAUUACUUCAAAAUGAUAACAAACAUUAUCAUUUUGAGUAUACUGAUAUGUAUUUCUUUAUCUUUUUGGAUUGUGUCCAUGACUGCAAGCACGUACUAUGGUAGUUUGCGGCCAAUUUCUCCAUGGCGCUGGCUUUUUUCGAUCUUGAUUCCACUAAUAAUUGCUUCACGAGGAUUUAAGAAAAAGAGUCUUGAUCAUGGUGGAGCAAUAGGAGGUUUAAUUGUUGGAUUUAUCCUUACUGUUGCAAAUUACAGCUUUUUUACUUCCAUGCUCAUGUUUUUCAUUACUUCUUCCAAACUUACCAAGUGGAAAGGAGAAGUAAAGAAACAAAUAGAUUCAGAAUACAAAGAAGGUGGACAAAGAAAUUGGGUGCAAGUAUUUUGCAAUGGUGGUGUACCUGCAGAACUGGCUCUGUUAUACAUGAUUGAAAAUGGACCAGGUGAAAUUCCAGUGGACUUCUCUAAACAAUAUACAGCAUCCUGGAUGUGUCUAUCAUUACUGGGUGCUUUGGCCUGCUGUGCUGGAGAUACCUGGGCUUCAGAGAUUGGCACUGUCAUGGGUCAUGAACCCCGGCUAAUAACAACCUGGAAAAAAGUUCCAGUAGGUACUAAUGGAGGUGUUACUUUCGUGGGUUUAAUUUCAAGUCUGCUUGGAGGCACAUUAGUUGGUGUGGCUUACUUCAUUUCCCAGUUGAUUUUUGUGAAUGAUUUGGAUAUAUCUGCUCCACAAUGGCCAAUUAUUGUGUUUGGUGGUUCUGCUGGUUUACUAGGAUCUAUCAUUGAUUCCUACUUAGGAGCAACAAUGCAGUACAGUGGUUUUGAUAAACGUACUGGAAUGGUUGUCAACCAUCAGACAGAAAAUAUAACACACAUUUCUGGUAAACCAAUCCUGGAUAACAAUGCAGUGAAUCUCUUCUCCUCUGUAGUCAUUGCUUUGUUAUUGCCUGGAAUAGCAUGGGGAUUUUGGCCAAGAGGAUGAAGAAAAGGUAUCGAUUUGCAUUUUUUUUCUUCUUCAAACAAGCUGUGACCUAAAAGGCUCUCCACCAAGAGUCUUUAUAACUCUGGACUGGAAUAUGUUUUCCUGCAACUGUUCUGAAAGCAUGAGGAGUUGUUAGGUUAAAGCUAUGCGUCCUGCAGCUGUUUUAAGUAUUAUAGAUGAGACAGACAGGAAGAAGGAGUCCUGAUUUAACAUUGCUUCUUAUGUAAUUGGAUAUAGUUACCACUUAGUUACUACUUGAUAGAAUACUUGAUUGCAGUUCAUUCCCCUUAAUCUACCUAUUAGGAAAGUAAGAAAUGGCAAAAGUGAACCUGUGAUAGAAUGCCACUACAGCUACCUGAACAAGCAAUGGAUCUUAGUCUAGUGACCAAGCAAAAUGCUGAACUUUCUAUAUUAUUCUGAAAUCUUCUAUUUCUUGUGGGGACCUAUUCUGCUGUUGCUGGGGAACUGAUCUUAGGUACAAGAUUCAGUACAAUCACAAUUUUGCUUUUUGCUGUUAAACUAUUUUUUAAACAUAUGUUUGGUAUGAAAUCUAAUACUAAAGUGUUGGUGCCUAAAGUUUAAAAAUUAAUUUAUUGGGUUUAAAAUAUUAUGUUUAAAAUACAAGAGCAUAUGUUUUGGCCAAUGUCUGUAGUUAUUAGCUAUGGAUUUAUCCUGGCAUAUGAAACAAAUACUCUACAUUUAUUCAAAUUCAUUUGGCCUGUGAGAUGGAUGUUGCUUUUUAAAUCAAAGUUUGUAAUAACUUACCUAUCCCUUAGUUUUCAAGAAAAACAAUUUUUGCCUGUCCUUGUAAUCUAAAUAAUCUAGAAACUGCUAUAUGAACAGAUGGAGGGUUCAUCUCUUCAUAGAGAUUGGGCCAAAAGUGUAAUGCAAUAUAAUUGAAAGCAACUCUUAUUGACAAAUGACAUUUAUUUUGUCCUUAUAUAAUUUUUUAAAGUAUAUUGGCAAGUUCUAUUACAAACACAAUGAAAAAUGUGUCAGGUUUGUUUGCAACUAAAUCUGUUUUCUAUAGUCUUAUAUUUGUCAUUUUAUAUAAAUCAGAUACUAGCAUUUUUAAUUUUACAUUAAUCUUAAAGAAAAAAAGGUGGAAAGUUGAUGGAUGCUUCAAAGGAUAUAUGCCUACAGACAACUUUUAAAAUAGUUUGCUUGUAGAAAUGGACUGUUUUCAAGUGACAAUUACAACUGUAGAUAAGAAUUCCCAUUAACAAUGAAUGUGCAUAAAGCAAAUAUGAAGAACUAUUUAAAGAAAUUGAUCAACUAAACAUAACACACACAUAUUUCAUACAAGAACACUUGGUUUUUCUGAAAAAAUGUACAGUUUUCUGUAGUGUAGACACUGGUAUACAUGGCAUAAUAAAGUGAAUACAGCACUAAUUGGUGUUGAUACUAAUGUUGCACUCUAAGCACCUGAAAAUUUGUGUAUUUUUUGGUAGUGGCAAAGUAGGUUAUAGAAUCUUAAUGCAAUUCAAGAAAUUGAUUGGAUUGAGAAAGAGCUGGUUAAAAUAAUAUACCUAUCAGUGAAACAGUGAGAACAAAUUAUAAAUAAGAAUGGAAGAUACAAUAUUUAAUGGAAGUGUAUGAGGUGGGGAGAAGAAUGUAGAUUGGAAUAUUUUCUGUUCCUCAAUGUAUUUGUAUGUGGUAAUAGAGCAGUAGGUAUCUUUUUUGAAAAUACAUACACAAAAUGUGUCCCAAAUGAGGCCUUUAUAAAUAUGUUCGAAUAAAAAUGACUUCACAAUGG